UCUUGUCUCCGUCGUCGUUUUCCGUGCCUACAGUUAUUUGUUUUAAUUAUUUUUGUUUCCUAACCCGCAGUGGAAUUUAACAAAGUGCCAAUUCCAACACACUACACUACUCAAUCAGCUUUCAUUGGAACAUUGUUUUUUUUUUGUUCUAAUAAACAAAUAACACUUUAUAGUUCAAUUAAUGAUGUGAGAUUCAUUUGCAACUUUAUUGUGCGGUUAUUGUUGUUUUUAUUUGUUUCGUCUAAAGUGAAUAAAGUUUCUUUUGUCAUUAAGAGUGUUUAAUACGGUUUGAUUGUUUGUUUUUUUAAUUUUACUAAGACAAUGGCAAGUAGAGCUUCGCGUCGUCCUAAUUUAAGGAAUCUCAAUCCAGUUUUUCACAAACGUGAAAAAUCUGAGGACAAUAGUGAACUAUCGCAGGCAAUGAUUAUACAAGCCAGGAAGUCGGGUGUGCUGAAUCUAUCGGGAAGAGCAUUGGCCACAGUUCCUGACAAAGUAUGGAACCUUCAUGAGCCGGAAAAAGAAGUCGAAGUUACUUUGGACACGUUGAUGGAACGAGAAGAGGAUGCCUGGUGGAAUCAACGUGCUUUAGUUAAUCUCGAUCUAAGUUCGAAUACUUUGACAAGUGUAUCACCGAAAAUUCAGAACCUUCACGACCUGACGGUUUUGAGUUUAUAUGACAAUGCUUUGACUUCAAUUCCAAAAGAAAUUGGCCAAUUAGAAAAACUAACUAGAGUCAAUCUAAGCAGAAAUAAACUCAAAGAACUGCCAGCUGAGUUUUUUCGAAUUCGUGAUCUAAAGAAUUUAAAUUUGGCAUACAAUUGUUUUGAAGAAUUGAAUCCAGAUGUAAGCGAUUUACAUAUGCUGGAAGUUUUGGACGUUUCAAAUAAUAAUCUUAAAUCACUUCCCGGUGGUAUUGGGUUUCUUGUGCGACUAACUCAACUUUUAUGCUCUCAUAACCAUCUUAAAGAACUACCCGACGAUCUAGUUAACAUGAGAUCACUUCAAAAGUUAGACUUAAUGCACAAUGAUUUAGAACUUCUGCCCAUGGACAUAGGUAGUUUGAGAAAGCUUCAGUGCCUCUACGCUCAACAUAAUGACAUAAGGUUACUGCCAGACUUUGACGGUUGUGUUGAACUGCAAGAACUUCAUAUUGCCAAUAAUUUUAUAAAGGAAGUACCUGGGGACCUUUGCUCAAAAUUGCCACAUUUAAAAAUUUUAGAUUUACGUGACAAUAAAAUUGAAAAACUUCCAGAUGAAAUUGCUCUCCUUCAGAGUUUAAUUCGAUUAGACUUGUCCAAUAAUUCGAUCAAUAGUCUACCAAACUCCUUACACACCUUGGCUCAUUUGGUGAGUCUUCAAGUUGAAGGAAAUCCAAUCAAAUCGAUUCGACGUGAUAUUCUUCAGUGUGGAACUAGUAGAAUAUUAAAAACUCUUCGAGAUCGAAGUCAAAUGCAUUCAAGUUCAAUGCCAGAAGUCAAAGAUUCAGCAUUAGUUGGUGAAGAAAAUCACAUCUUCCCUGACAAGUUCAAAAUUCGUAAAACUCGAAGCCUUAUUGUUACAAUGCAAAAUAUAACAACAAUACCGGAUAAAGUCUUCCACGAUGCUCAGGAAGAGGCCGCUAAUAUUGUGGAUUUGUCAAAAAAUCGACUAGAAGAAUUACCUGAGGGACUUCAAAAGCUUACGGAUUAUGCCACAGAAAUUAUUUUGUCCCAGAAUUUCAUAUCUUCUAUUCCCGUAUUUAUAUCGAAAUUUUCGAGACUUAGUCGGCUCGAUGUGUCGUGUAAUAAUCUUUCCGAAUUGCCAAAGGAGUUUGGGCUUCUAGCUAUGUUACGUGAACUUAACAUCGCAAACAACAAAUUUAAAGAUUUUCCGUCGUGCAUUUACGAACUACAAGGAUUGGAAAUACUUCUAGCUAGGGAAAAUCAAAUAGAAAAGAUCGAUGCUUCGGCUACUGGUCUUGGUGCUCUUAAGCGGUUGGCUACAUUAGACUUGAGGAACAACAAUAUUGAACAAGUUCCGCCGAUCUUGGGAAAUUUAAAAAAUAUAACGUGCUUAGAUAUAAUUGGCAAUCGUUUCCGCCAGCCACGUCAUCAGAUUUUGGAAAAAGGAACUGAUGCUGUGAUGUCAUAUCUAAGAGAUAGAAUUCCCAAUUAACACAUGGCUUUAUACAAUGUUUUAUAUUAAUGGAAAAAAGCCUUAAAUUCACAACGCACCAGCUAAGCUUUUUUUUAGAAGACAUUUUAUUACAAUAUUUACCACAGAGUUACUAGUCAGAUGAAUAUUUUAAACAUUUUUAUUUUAUAGAUCUUUUGUGCUUAAAACGCACACAAGGCACAAGUUGAUGAAGUUUAAUGUUACAAAAUCUAAGUGCGUACAUAUUAUAUACAGUACAUUAUAUACCAUUUUAUUAUUGCAAUUAAUAAACCUUAUAAUUUUGACACCAAAUAAAA